CCAAACUCCGUCUACACCAUCAAACUGCUUCUGUAAUCUUUCUUUCUCUUUCCACCAGUCUCUGAUCAACCUCGAAUAGAAUCUUCACCGACUGACACAGAGAAUUUCAAAAAAGAAGUUACUAUCAUGGCACAAAGCGCCGACCUCCGGUCCCUCGUUUCAGAGCUCCAUAAUGCUCUCAAGCGCAAGCAGCUCGAAGCUGCCAACAAGCUCCUCAGCCAAGCAAAGCGAACCCUUCUCCUUCAGAAUGCGCUGAUCCCUACACCUUCCACACCAUCUGACCUCAUCCCGCUCGCUCGUGAAGUUCUGGAACUAGGAGCCCUUGCCUCCAUUCGCCAGACCGACGCACAAGGCUUCACGAGAUAUUAUCAGCAGCUGCAGCCCUUUUACGACCUUGAGAGGGAUAGCACGGGCUCAGCAAAGGUGGAUACUAAGUCUAGCCAACGCAGCAAGAUUACAGGUCUGUAUCUGAUGCUUUUGCUGAGCAUGGGUGAUAGCACUAGUUUCCACACAGUGUUGGAAGGCUUGGUUGAGGAAGCGAGUCUACAGGGCAAGCGCGUGGAGGACGACCUGUACAUCAAAUAUCCCGUUGAUCUGGAGCGGAGCUUGAUGGAGGGAAGUUAUGACAAGGUGUGGAGGGAGACCAACUCGGAGAGAGUGCCUUCGGAGGACUUUGCUCUGUUUUCCAACGUCCUUGUUGGAACCAUCCGAAGCGAAAUCGCGGACUGCUUCGAGAAAGCGUAUCCUUCGCUUCCCAUCUCCAACGCCAAGAAUCUUUUGUUCCUCGACUCCGAGGGAGCUGUUAUUGAGUUUGCCCAGCAGCGAGGGUGGGUUCUCCGCGACGGACGGAUAUACUUCCCAGUCGAGCCCGAGGCCGCGGCCCGGUCUGAGAAGGACAUCCUGGUGGCGAGCAGCACGGUCAUCGAGAACACGAUAGGCUACGCUCGCGAGUUGGAGACGAUUGUCUAGCUGAUCAACACGCCUAUGCGACGACUUCCAUUUGCCUUUUUGAGUCUUUUCCGGGUUCCGGAUGGGGUUGUAUUAGUAUACCUCUCGCUUUGCAUGAUGAAUUUUGUUCGAGCGUUAUCUUAUCAUGACAAAUAAACUCCAUUAUUUUUACCCCUCUGACU